GGAUAAGAAAAGUUUGGGUAUUAAUGGAUCAGCAGAUAGGACACAACAUCUAUAGAUCCAUAAUUUCCCUUUCAUCUCCCAAAGAUAACUCUUUAAUUUCAUAUACUGUGGCGUUAUUUCAAUUAGUUAAAAAAAAAACAUAAACAAGACAAAACAAGGUGAAAAAAAUAAAUUGUAAAUGGCCUCCGCUGAUAAUAAUGGCGUUUUGUCUGAUUGUGAAGACCAACUGGUUAUGAUUUGUUCAUCAUCAAUUUUCCAUUUCUCUUCCAAUAACAAGAAGUUGUUUGCCCAUGACAGUUCAAUAGGAGCAGUUGGUGUUUUCAGUGAUUUCUGGACUGGAGGCACCCUGCUGUCAGACAGAUUGUCUGUAAUUACAAUCCUCUCUGACUACAGCCCUGUGUAUGUGUGUGUGUGUGUGUGUGAGUGUGUGUGAGGGAGACAUAGAGGGACCAAUAUGUGCUGAAAAUCUAAGAUCUCUGAUUUCAAAGUAAAAGCUUUGCAUCUUGCUGACUGCACAGACAGACAUGUCGGCUGAAGUUGCAAUGGAUACAUCAAAAUUUCAUUUUUGUUUGGCAGCCAUCAGCUUUCUUCUUCCUUUACGUUCACUGAUACGACUCUAACUGCAGGAACAUUUCAGUUACAGGUAAAGUGUCUAUGAUAACUAAAUCUUCUGCUCAGUCUUGUUAAAAAUCACCCCCAUAAGUUAAAAGAAAAAAUCAUUAAAAUUUCAAAUUAGCAUGCUCUUCCUCUCCAGGUCAGGUUCAGCAUGCAUGAGAACAUCACUUGUCUCACCACCAUCUUAGCCUCACCAUAGCAACCCCCCUCCUUCUCCCACACACACACACACACUCAUUCUUAAGCAGGCUUUUCGUUCUAUCCUUAGCCUUCUCCCCUCCUGUCUUCUCAUUUCUCCUCUCUCCACCCGCCCCCUCCCUCCUCCGUGUGCCCGAUUACUGACUGCCAUUUUACCCUGAGAGCUGUGGAGCCCAGGGGCUCUGCUGUAGCUACAUCCUAGUGUAUGACUCAGGCUGCAGAGGAGAUAGCCGCCACCACACACACACACACACUCACACACACACACACACACAUAUACAUAUAUCACACACAUAGUGCUAACUCCUGGUCCGACUCGCCCGGUCGGACCCUGUGCGGAUAGAAACAGCUCCCUUCAAGCUUUUUCACAUCUCUUUGGACCAUGUUUCCUGAAUAUGUGAGUAGUGUGUCUGAUAGAUGGAAGUAAACUGUUGUAAAAAUGAUUAAGUGCAUGAAUAGUGGUCAAAGUAGUGCUGGAAAUAGCUCUCAAGAUGAUUAAAUUUGUCUUAAAUUGGUAAAUAGUGGCAAAAAUGGUUCUUUGCCAUCAUGAAAAAAGGUCUGUAAUUAAAAUGUAGUGACAAUGGCUCAGUGUUAACAUAAUAUAUAGUGAUACAAUGUACUAAAAUUGAUUAUAUAGUGGUAAAAGAGAUUCUGUAUUUAUACUGUACAUAGUAUUUUUGCUAUUACCUCUUGUUGCCUAUUCAUUGUUUGGGCUCAAGAAAAAAUGACAAAUAUUUGUUCCAGCUUCUCAAAUGUGAGAAUUUGCUGCCUUGUUUGUCAUUUUAUGACUGUACUGUAUAUAUUCUUGCAUAUCAGUGCUAAAUACAUCUCCUUAGUCUCAAAUAUUUUAUACAUCAAUUAAACUGCAGAUUAAAUGACAAUAAUAAUCGUUAGUUGCAGCCUUGCUAUAAGGUUGUAGUCCCUUAAAUCUUCAGAAGUGUUAACAAGAAGACCAUAGAUUUUGCUAAUAAUACUGUAACUGAAUGUGCAUGAAAGGAGAACUGUGUAUAUGCUGAGGUGUACGUAACUGUGACCUUACUCAACGUUGGAUUAAGUUGCCUAUUUGGGCAUCAGCAGGGAAAAUAACUCAGGGCUCAGUAAAUCCUAAAUCCUGAAUGUUAAAGUACAGACCUUCUUUAAGUCCUGAAACAAACUACAUUUCCCUUCAUUGCUCUUUUGCUGGUGUUUUGUAAUUAACUAAUUAACUUAAUUAACUUAAUAAAUAAAUAAAUAGCUCUAUCUCCUCCACCAACCCUGUUCUCCUAGUUCAAAUGUAUUAUUAUCAGUUUGAGGGGGACUAUUUGUUUGCGGUGCAUCACCUGGGAAACCAAUGUUGUUGCUGCCUUAGCUGAUUUAGAAAUCAUAUAGUUAACAUGCAGUCAAGUGCACUAAUUGUGUAGGUAACAUGUAGUUAAAUAUUAUAUUAAAAUGCUGCAUUUCUUUCAAAAACAAAAGAAAAAGGUUGUAAGGUUGUUCAGAGUGACAGAGCUGAGGAGGGAUUAAGAAGCAGAGCAUCACGUGGGGAGUGUGUACAGCUAAGAGCAGUGAUUGGGCCCGAAGUCUAACCUCAUGGAACUUAGCAGCCUGCUAAGACUCCUGAUAACAUUCACCUGUUUUAAUAGGUUAUUGAAAGUCAUCACAUUUAACAGUCAUGAUUAAGAAGAUAAGAUAAUAAGAAGCAUGAUAAGAAGCAAUAGUCUUUACAACUAUUGUACAUUAACUGCUGUAGAUGUUAAUGUUGAUAUUGCCAGUUUACAUUAUGUGAUGAUUUUAUGCAGAAAGUUGAUACCAAUCCACAGGGUUUUUUGCCCAAAACCAUAUCCUUUCUGGUCAUUUAAACACAAGUCAAUACAGAGAAGCAACACUGAUUUGUCAGAUAUCAAACCAUUUACAUGGUAGCCUGCUGUUUUGAUUUGGAAAUGACUUUAUAUAAAGCCUUUCCCCUGUUGUAGCCAAAUUACAUAUGGAACAGCCUUAUAUGUCAGGUAGUCCUGUUAGUGGAUGUCCUGUCCUGAAUCCUCAGUCAAACCCUAACUCUAAACCAGAUUACGACUUGUGACCCUGUAAGUGCGAUUAGAAAGUGUGUGAACAGAAAAACAAAAGCUAUUUUAACACAUUCAAGAGAAAAUAAUAACUGAAUCUUUUCACAAUAUUUGCUUUUAAAGUGCACUUUUGUAUAUAUUUUAAAUUUUACAGCGACUUCAAAUUCAGUGUUCUGUGUUUGCCUGUAUACCUCAGGUGUGUGUGAAAGCACAGCAUGCAUUCGGUCCAGGCAGGGAUGUGGGACCCCAGCCCCCCAUCUAAACAUACCUCACCUCUCCCAGCACCACAUCCCUCCAACUUACGCCUCGCCCAUGUGACCACAGCCACCCCAGCAAAGAGGAUUACCUUCUACAAAAGUGGUGACAGUCAGUUUGGGGGCGUCAGGAUGGCUAUCCACAAGCGCAGCUUCAAAUGCUUUGACGCCCUGCUGGAUGACCUUUCCCAAAAGGUGCCUCUACCAUUUGGCGUACGAACUGUAACCACCCCCCGUGGCACCAACACCAUCAAACACCUGGAGCAGCUCCAGGAUGGUGGCUGCUACCUGUGCUCUGACCGACGCCAAGCUAAGCCAAUAAACAUGGAAUUGGCUAACAAACGUCCGAGCAUCUGGCACCAUCACAGCCGGAGGCCUCACCGGCCUGAAACCUCACCCACAACACCACCGGGCCAUUUGCCUUACAGGCAGCGACGGAUCCUGCUGGUGAAGAACAGUGAACCAGGGAUGAGAAGGAGCGUGGUGCUGAGCAGGAGGUCGACCAGGAGCAUGAGGGUCUUUCUGGAUGAAGUGUCUGAGGUUAUGCAGUUUCAUGUCCGCAAACUCUACACUGCAGAGGGACGCAGGAUUGACAACGUGCAGAGCCUGAUGACUUGCCCUGGUGUAUUGGUUUGUGUCGGCCGGGAAGCGUUCAGUCCAACGCUGGUAAACUUUAUCAAAAAGAGCUCAGAGGAAAAACUACCUGGUCUGGGCAACAGGUCCCCUGGUCUUGGCCCCAGGAUUCCUGGAAAUGGUGCCCGAUCUCCUGCUACUCAAGGAGCAAGAUCCUCACCUCAUGGAGCUCAGUCCAGAGCCAGCGAGUACAGUGAAGGACAUGAAAGCAAAAAAAAUGUUAACUUUGGUCUGGAAACUAAAAAGAGCAUCAUCCACCCUCGUUCUGAUUCCUCAAACCGCUCCGCCCGUUUCUCUUUGUCUUCAGAGAAAUCAUACAGCAAUGGUAUCAGUGCCUACUCCCAGGCCAGACCGGCUAUUAUGAAUGAUGACAUUGAAAAGCGUGUGCUUGUCAAUAAAGAUGGCAGCCUCUCAGUAGAGAUGAGGGUGCGUUUUCGCCUCCACAACGAUGAGACCCUACAAUGGUCCACACAAAUUAAAAAAUCCCCAUCUCUGACCAAUGACUGUUGCCCCCUGAGCCAGGUCCAGCCCCAUUACCUGCAGCAGGGCCAAUCAGAAAGCUGCUCUGAUCCUGAUUCCUGGGUCGUUGACCCAGAGGGUGUGGAUUUUUCCAGCCAACAUCUGCGGCGUGCACUGGAAGCAAACCGCUGCCCUUGCUGCUACCAGAGACAGGAGCAGCAGUACGACUUGUGGGAAAAUCCAGCACACAGCCACAAACAGCCGCUUGCUCCACCCCCGCAUCCACAUACUUCUAGCCACACCCACACUAUGAUGAGACAUACACACUCCUCUAGCUCUUCUUCAUCAUGUAAUUCCAGGAGAGUGGUGCGCUGCCGUGCACAGCUCUCCAGCUGUGGAGGUGGCUCAGGUUCAGAACAGAGCCAACUGGUCCAAGAGGAGAUGUCUGUAACAGAGCAGGUUGAGAGCAGAGUAGAGGUGGAGCAUGAUGGAGACACCCAUGUAGAGAUACACAGGGUGAGCCGGUGCUGCAGCCGCAGCGAAGUCGUCGCCAUAGAUAGCAACCUACAACCACUGAGCAGAAAGUCAGUCGAGGAUGAGCUAAUGAUGGAGGAAGAUGGAGAGCGUCCACUGUCUGCAGUCAGCAGCUCCUCACAUAUACUGCAAUCACUGAAAGAGGACCAGGAUGAUGAGGAUGAUGACCUGCCACCCAGCGCUUCACAGUGCUGUCACAGCAAUGAACCAUCACCAUCCCCACCCUCCCAGACUCACCUUAUUGACAAGCCAACAAGCAACAUCUCGGCAGGCUCCGAACACAAGAAGCAUAAGGAUGGGGAAGAGAGAGGAAGCAGGGCUGUAUCUGUAGCUUCCUCCUGUCACUGUGCAGCAGUUACUGCAAACUCAGCAGCCGAAGCAGAGGAGAGGAAUCAGGACGUGAGCAGAGCCUCAUCCAAGUCUAGCAAACCCAAGAUCCUAAACUCAGAAGAAGAGAGGGCAGCAGAUGAUGAGGAUAAAGAGAUAAAGAGAGUUGUCAGUGGCUUGUCUGGUCACUCAGCACUUUCAGCAGGCUCCCAGAAGUCAGGGGCAUCUAGUGUGUGCCCUAAAUGUGGGGGCUGCAAAAGUGGGUUCAAGUCUGAUUCCAGUAGAACAGCAUCACAGAGGUCCCAUCAUCCCCCCUCUCCAAACCCCGCCUCACCUCUCUGCAACCAAGAGAAUGCAACUAAUGGCAUUAAUGAUGAUGGCUCAGAUGACUCAGCUGUGUCCACACAAUCCAACAAGACAAAUCUCACCAACCAUGGGCGCUCCUCUGCAAUAUCAAAUGUCAUAGACAGUAGAGCAUCUAGUGCCAUGUCCAGAACAUCCAAUGCUGAGCCAGCAGUAAAAGAGGAUGAACGGGCUCCUAGUGCCACCUCAGGAACAAGCCACAGGUCCAGUAGAUCACACAAAUCUGGCUGUAAUGAUGCCACUGGUGCAACAGUUGACAGUGAGGAGAAGAGAGGCCCCAGCACCAUGUCAGCUCAGUCCAUCCUGUCUGCCAAGUCCAGAAAGUCUCACAAGUCCAACUGCAGUGGCAAAGCUGAAUCACCUGACAUGAGAAGAAGAGAGGAAGCAGAGGGAGAGAAUGAUGCAGAGAGAGCAGUCAGCUCCCUGUCAGCCAAAUCUGCUGUUUCAGCAAAGACCAGUGCUUCAGUCAAGUCUCAUAAGUUCAACUGCCCCUUAAGUAAGGUUGCUUCCCCAACUGACAAUAAAGCUGUGGAAGACAAUGACACAAACAAAAGAGCUCCAAGUAGCCUUUCUGUUAAGUCUAAUGCUUCUGCCAAAUCUGGCAAGGCAGAAAGACCUGAUAGUGCAGUAUCAGCUAAAUCAACAAAAUCAAAUGUUACAGCCAAGUCCAGCACUUCUCAUAGGUCCACAUACAGUCACUGUGCAAAAGCAUUAUCUCCAGGUGCUAAGGUAGCUGAUGAACCCAUCCAAACAACAAAACAGGAAGAAGGAACAGAGGAGGAAGAGAGAGUAGCAACUGCCAUGUCAGCCAAAUCCAAUCUGUCUGUCAAGUCCAACAAAUCCCAUAAGUCCACCAAAGCUUCAGAGACGUCACUUUCUCCCAGGUCAGAAGCAGAAGGAGAUGGAGAAGAAAGGGCAGCAAGUCAAAUGUCUGCCAGAUCAGUUAAAUCUAACAUGUCUGUUAAGUCUUCAAAGUCUAACUGUGAUGGUAAUGAAACUGUGGCUGAAGAAAAAGAAAGCAAGAUAGCUGAAGAGGAAACACAGCAGAGGCCAGAAAGUGCAUUGUCUGCUAAAUCAGAAAAAGAAGAAAGAGCAGCCAGUGCUGGGUCUUCUAGGUCUCAGAAAUCUAACUGUAAUGGCAACACAGGAGCAAGUUCUGAAAGACAAGACAAUACAGGAGUUAGUGAAAAAGCUAAGGACAGGGUUGCCAGUGCUUUAUCUGGCAAAGCAGCUUCCUCUGCUAAGUCUGACCAUACAAAGACAGACAUGGAUGGUAUGGUGGACAGAACCCCCACUGCCAUGUCGGGGAAAUCACACACUUCUUGCAAAUCCUCCAAGUCCCAGAAGUCAGAGCACACUGCAGCAUCUCCAAACAGAGAAGAGAAGCAAGAUGAAAGUCAGGAGCGGGUUGCUAGUGCCAUGUCUAUAAAGUCAAAAUCUUCUCACAAGUCAGAUUCUGGCAAGAAUCAUAAAUCAGCGUCACCAAGCCCAAAUGUUGUUACUAUCAACACACCAGAAGGAGUUGAUGAAGAGGGAAAUGAGACAACAGAGAGAGCACCAAGUGCUGCAUCAGCUAAAUCAGAAAAGUCUAAUGUUUCAUCCAAUCAUAAUGGAACAGCUGAUAUUACAGUCAUUGAAACAGCAGAUAUAGAUGAAAAGGUUUUGGAGGACAGUGCACCAAAAAAUAAAUCCCCUGAACAUUCUCUUGGCCAAACGCUCUCACCCAAGAGGACACGUUCCCCAAGGGCCCAGUCACCCAAAGCUCCAGCUGCAUCCUCCAGUAGUUCACAGUUGUUACCUGCAGAGAAAAGAGGGCCUAGUGCCUUGUCAGAUCAUUCCACAACCUCUGCUAAAUCUAGCAGGUCCAAAUGUCACUGUGGAGCAGCUUCAGCACUUGAAAAGACAAAGAAAGAAAAGGAGGAGGAGGACAAGGAUGAGGAGAAAGGGGAAGAUAAUGAGGAACUAAAAACUGUGGGGGCUUCUGAGCGGGCUGCUAGCAUCUUAUCAUCCGCUUCCAAAAGACACAGGAGGGAAUCAGGAGGCACUGAACAACCACUGAGUCGACAAUCAUCAGGGUCAGUCUCUCUUGGGUUGCCAGAAGACCAAGAAACAGCUGACUCAGACAGUGGCAAGUCCAGUGUUUCGUUUCACAUAAACAUUGAGAGUAAGGGCAGAGUGAAGACAGCAACUCCUGAUGUCCCCAAAAGCCCAGAGGAGUCUGCUAUGAAGGAAGAUGUGGAGGAGACAGGGUCCACGGUGUCUCAAAAGUCCAGGAGUAAUGAAAAUAAAAGCGCUUUGUCUCACAGUAUUCCAGCGGUCGACAUCCCUACUAUUGAAACUCCAGGAGGGGGUGAAGAUGAAGAUCAAGAAGAUGGAGGGCAAAAAAUACAAAGAGCAACCAGUGCAUUUUCAGCCAAAAGCAGCAGGUCUCACAAGUCCUCUUGUAACUGUCAAAUCAAACCAGGUGAUAUGCAUGUCAGUAAGCCUAAAGAGCAACAUGCAAGUGCACCAGGAAAUGACCAUGAAACAGAAAGUGUUAAGUCUGCUUCAACUACAAAAGCUAGCAAUGUGGAUGCCCCCAAGAGCAGAACCUCACCUGCAAUGUCAUCAGCAAGUGAUAAAGUUCAGAACAAAUCCCCUACAAGUGCCAGCACUAAAAAUGCUGAUGUAGAAAAAACACCUGUUGGAGAAUCAGCAAAUAAUGACACUGAAAACCAAAACAUCUGUCGCCCAGCAAGUAAGGUCCAAGGGGAGGAAGAUAUUGCAGAUGACAAGGCCGCCAGUGUUCACUCCAAGAGUUCACGUUGCCUCAGGCCUGAGCUAGCAGCUUCAUCUCAAUCAGGGUCAAAAACAAAAGGCUCAAAGCAAAGUAAAGGAGAGGCUUCAGUCAAGUCAGACUAUUUGAAUCCAGUCAAAGGUAACAAGACCAAAUCCAAUGCAGGAAGCAACACUGGCAGUGUCAAAAUAUCCAAUUCACAAAAGAAAGAAACACACAUAACACCCUCUAGCCCCUGCCCCUUACACAGCUCCAGACCAGGCAGCAAAGUGGAGACAUGUAGUGAAAGCAUUCUGUCUCACUCUUUGUCUGCUGCAGACCUGCUAAAGGAAACCAUGGCUGCACGUCCACAAAGCCAACAGUCAAAAGCCAGCAAAACCAGGAGUGAGAAAAGUGCCAGAGAGUGUCAGAGAAUCAGGAACAAGAAGGAUCAGAGGGAGGAACUAGAAAUGACGCCUGCCUGUCUGCCCAAUGCUUCCCCUAUUGAGGUUGUUAGCGAUUGGCUGCGGAGCAUUCCAGCUAACAGCAGCAUGCUGGCACUUGGUGACGAGCUGAGUGAGGGUGAGCAGGAGAAGGAGGUAAAAGAGAAAUCUGAAGAAGUAGCAAAGGGGGAAAAGAGUCCCAAUGACGAGAGAGUGGACAAGGAGGAGAAAUCUGCGGCUGAAGAGGGAGUGGAGAAAGAGGGAGAAGCUAAAUGUGAUGCAGUAGAGGAGGAAAAGAGUUCUGAUCCAGCUCCAGGUGAUGCAGUGGGGACCUCUUCUGACUCCAACACUCAGUUGCUAAGUGGCGAGUCUCUGCCCAGGAACUGGCAUUCUUCUGCGGCUGUAAUGAAAGUUCUUCUGAGCUCUUCACUGGGUCGAUGCCGGAGCAUGCCAGAGGUGUCUCCAGUUUAUGGUCGUAGACUGAGCACAUCAGCCAGGGGGCUCUUGGACUGUUUGGCCCAGCUCCAGCUUAUUGAGCCUGCAGUGAAACCUGGCUGUGACCAGAAAGACCACAACCAGCAGUAUGAGAACAUCAUGGCCAUCCUUCAAUCCCUCUGGCUCACUGAACCCAGGGACAUUGAUGCCAAGAGGGUCAAAGAUGUUGGCACAGAGCAGGUGUCGCCACCAAGGUCCUCAUCCGGGGUGGAUAUGAGGAGUGGCUCUGGUGGAUCUGGGAAGGAGAAUGGAAAUCAAGGUGGAGAUGAAACACCUCCAAAAGAGACAGAAUCUGUACAUGAGGAUGAGGGAGCAAAGAAGAUUGUAGAGGAGGAUGAGGAAAGAAAUGCAGAAGAUAAAGACACUGAGGCAGAACAAGAGGAGGCAUCCACAGAGCAAGCAACCAAGGAUAUAGCAGAGGAACAGAUGCAGAGUGAUGAGCAAAGUACAGUCCCUCCAAGUCUGGACAGUCCAAAAGCCACCGAGAACCCAUCAUCAUCAGACAAGAGCUCUGCCAACGACAGCUCUAAAUCCCCCACUGAUAAUGAGCAAGACACAGUGGAGGACUCCAGCUCCGGCACACCCCCGACUGUCCUGCGAGCACCCUUGUCCAAAAAACUAUCCCAAGACCCUGAUCCAGUUUGGGUCCUGCACCUUCUGAAGAAGCUGGAGAAACAGUUCAUAAACCACUACAUUAAUGCAAUGGCAGAGUUUAAGGUUCGCUGGGACCUUGACGACAGCCUCAUCCUGGACACGAUGAUCGCUGAGCUCAGGGACGAGGUGAGUCGGCGCAUCCAGAGCAGCAUCGAACGUGAGAUGAAGAAGAUUCAGAGUCGAGCUGGCAGAGGGGGGAGGUCGCCCCGGCCACCGCAAGGAGGGAACCUCUCCAGGGAGUCCACCAUGACAGAGAAGAGACGUCGAAUGUUAAAGGUCAUGAAGAACCAAUCGGUGAAAACCGCUGACUCUCUCAGUGAUGGAGAGAUGACAGGUGAUUUCAGCGACCAACGAAGUGAUGAUGAGUACUGCCCCUGUGAUGCUUGUGUCCGCAAGAAAAUGGCUGCCCGGCCUCUCAAAACCAACCCAAUGGCAGCUGAAGCACCAGUAAUCAUGGAGUUUGACCUCCUUAAGAUACUUCAGCUAAAGAAAAGCCCUUCACCAGUCAUUCCCCAACCUACAGACAUGGAAGAUGAUAGAGCCAUGGAAGACGAGGAGGGAAGAAAUUUAGAGGUAGUACGGGAGGAGGAGGAGGAGGAGGAAACCAAAGAGGAUAUUAAAGCUGAGGUUGUUUUAGAGGAGACGAUCCCAGAGGAGGAUGAAGAGAUAGGAGAAGAAGAUGGGGGUGAGGCAGGAGAAGAGGAGGAGGUAGGAGCUGAAAAGGAAGAAAAUAGUGCAGGUGAUGAGGGACAGACAGGUUGUGAGGAAGCUGGAGAAGAGGAGGCAUCAGUAAAUGGGGAAGAGGAGGGGGGAGAGGGGGAGGCAGAAUGCCAAUGCCACUGUGCCGGAAAUGAAGAGGAGAGUGACAAUGCAGAGGAGGAAGAGGAGGCUGAGGAAACUAGCGACAACACAGGUGAGGAUGAGACAGCAGAUGAUGAAGAGAGAGAAAGGGAGCAAGGGGGGGAGAACAUAGAAGGUGAAGAAGAGACAGGAGAGGAUGAGACAGGGGACAAUGAAGGCGAGACAGGAACUGGGGAAGAGGAGAGUGACAAAGAGACAGUUAAAGAGGUAACAGCAGGUGAGGGAGAGACCGCUGAAAAUGGUGACGGUGAGGAAGAUGAGGAAGCAGUGGAGAGAGAGUGUGAAGUGUCUGAUUUUAAGCCUGAGGAAGAGGAAACAACAGGCAGGGAAAGUGGAGAUGAGGAGGAGACGGGGGAUACAGACAAUGACAAUGCUGGAAAAAAUACAACAAAUGAAGAAUCAACACUGGUAGAGGAGUUUGUGGAGGGAAAUGUCAGCGCAUCAGCAGAAGCAGAGGAUGAAGAUGAUGGUGAUGAGGAGGAGUCACAUGAAGAUGGAGGAGGAGAAAGUGGAGAGCCGGGAGGGGAGUCAUCUGAGGAGGAAAGAGCCUCACCAAAGGUCCAGGGGGCGACUCCAGCUGUAUGUGUGACCGAGGGAGAGGAGGCAGAUGCAGAAGACUCCGACACCGACAACAAACACCCAAGUGACACCAGUGCAGACGAAUCAGGACGUGAGGGUGCUGGAACAACUGGAGAUGAGGAAGAAAAAGAGGGAGGAGGAGAUAGAGAUGAGGAGGUUGUGGAAGAUGCUGUGGAAGAGUUCAAGCCAGAGGAAGAGGACAAGGAGGAGGCAAACCGCAACAAAAGAGAAGAUGGUGCUCUACUACAUCAGUUCACUAGGACCUCUGUGGAGUCCCAGCCUGGCUCCUUGGAAGACAUUGACACAGAUUCACCCUUGAACCCUGUAAGCUCCAUAGAAGUGCCCAAAAUGGCUGCCAGUGUAUCCACUGGUGGUGGCACCAGCCAGAAAAGGAGUCGGUCACCAGCCAGGGUCAAACGGCGCCAGCCCAAAGAGAGUGACAGCGAACUGGAUAACUCUUAAGACUAAGACUCCCAGAAACCCUUGCUCUGUCAGUGACUACAUGGGUAGAAUUGCGUAGGUUAAAAAAACUGUAUCCAAGAACAAAGACUCAAACACUUGAAGCACUUUAUCUCUCUAGAUCCAGUGUAGGAGGAGUCACAGUGAUUUACAUAUAGAAUCUUGAAACUUGAAACCACCACCUUAUCCCAAUUUAUCAUAUGACUUAUAUUUGUAAAUUUUGGAAGUUAACUGUAUCGAUUUCUGUACUGUAUGUGCAUAAAUAAGGUAUAUUUUUGAAGAAAAAAAAUAUUUUGACACCUAUGGGUGUACAGUAUUAUGUGACCUCUUUUGUGUUCAGUGGACCACAGGUUAAUCAUUCAUUUAAUCAUAUAGCCAUUAAUAUACCAAGUACCUCAGAAAUAUGUUAGAUGUUUCAGUACUGUUUGACAGAAGCACUGUAUUGAUACUUGGUUUAUGUAUCAGUUCAUGUCUGUCUAUUUUUUGGACUUGUCUCAUUAAGUCAGUGCUGUAUUCUCAGGGGUUUGGACAGACAGGUUGUUUUGGAAAGGUCAUCUCUUACCUAGUACCUGUUAGUCUGUUUAAAAGUUCUCUGUUUAAACUUACAAAAGCUCUCUGAUAUAAUCUUAAUACCUUAAAAAAUAGACUUUUUGGGAAAAUGUUUGCUCACUUUCCUGUCAAAAUAUAGAUGUAAAGAUACCUGUACACCAAACAUAAAGCUAAAGCCAGGAGAUAGUUAGCCUAGCUAGCAUAAACACUUGUUUAAAGCGAACCUUGCUGUUCUACAAGGAUUUAUAGCAUGUGCUAUAUUUUAGCACAGUGACAUGAGUGUUUAUCAUAAGGAGGUCAUAGGGCCAGAUACAAGUUAAUUUGUGACCGUAGACAGGCUAACUGUUCCCACUUGUGUCAACGCUGUCUUCAAUCGUUAGCUUGUGGUUACGACAUGAGAAGUCUUGGACCCAGUAUGCUUGACGCUGACGUGGAGAACACCGAUGCUAAGCAACAACAUCACGAACACUAAGUUAUUCUCUGAGGCUAUCAGUUUAGCAAGCUAGCAGGCAGGUAACGCAAUGCAGGAAAUGUACGAGUAGAAUUCGAAUAUUAACUUACCAUCCAUCGGAAAAUGAACUUCAAUGUCCUCCAUUAUUUCUGACAACGCAGUGAACAGGGAGCUGUCAGAAAAUAACGAGGUCAAAGGUCGUGAAUACCUCAAGAGGGGGACGUUCAUAUGGACUCUUCUUGUGCACACAGUAAACACAACCCCGUUUGAAGGCAGCAGUAGGCUCUAAGCAAAGCUAAUUAACCCCUGGCUCUAGCUUCAAAUUUAGUGUACAGAAAUGAAAAUAGUAUCAUUCUUACUAUCUAACUUUCAGCAAGAAAGUGAAGUAGCACAUUUUUCUAAAUGCUGAACUAUUUAUGUAAGUUACUUUUGAAUUACUUAAAAUAAUUUACUCCAAAUCACAGCCUGUAUUUUAGUAGAUGUAUCAUAUUAUCUUGAAUUUUUGACAUUCAAAAUGUGUUUUCCCUUUAAACAUGUGCAUGUGUGAACCCUCUCCAGCAACUGUACAUCAGUAUAUUUAUAUAGUCAAAUUACUGUGAUCAUUUAUUGUACAUCUAUUUCUUUUCCCAGGAGUGUAGUUAAACAGCUUGAACAAUAGAGCACAAUAUCUUUGUGUUUCUGACUCUCAAAAAUAUCCACAGUAAAUGCUGGGAGGCAACAGACUUUCUGAAUUUCUGUUUGAUGUAAACCUUUCUCUGCUGCUUCUCGUAGGUGUGUGUUACAUGCUGUAGAUUCAGGUGGGGUUUGUAUAACCAGCCAUGUGGAACAACAGCGUGAAGUGUGUUACUGAUGCCUUACUGUAUCCAUGGUUAUAUGAAGGUAGAUUGACAGAAACAUAAGGGGAGAUCACGGUUAAGUGGCUAUCUUUUGUUUCUUGACAUCUCCUCUCUCUGAUAGCGGCUCUCGAGGAGAAUCAGAGAGCCUGUAAAAGACACUGGAUUGGAUCAAAGCUGCUCUUUAAAAUGCUGGAAAAUAUACUUUUAAAGACCCCUAAGAAUAUUUUCUCUUAUUUAACCCAAAACCAAGCUGAGUGACUUACUCCCAUACUGUCCUUUAGGAGCAGAGAUAUUCUGCACAUGGCCACCAUGUGUUCAGCAAAACAUGUUUAUCUCCUGUUGUUUAGUUUGACAAAAGCCUCCAAUCUGGGGUCCCAAGAGGGUGUGUGUGUGUGUGCCUAUGCUGCUAUUGGCCUGUUUGGCUGUCCAUCUACUGUAUCUGUGACAUCACCAAGUGAACAUCAUGUACCUAGAGCAAAUGAAUGUAAUAAAGGUGAUAUAAAUAAAAUCAAUAAACAAGUUGGUUACUGUUUCUAGCUUUGUAGCUACUACAACAAACAGACAAACAGCUUCCAGUCUUUAUGCUAAGCUACACUAAUCAUGUGCCUUUUUUAGCUUCAUCAUAAACCCACAGACAUGAUAGUGUUAUCAAUCCUCUAACCAUUCAACCAUUUUCACUGAACACAUUGUAGAAAACCUUGACAGAGGAUUAUCCAGAACAUUAACAAUAUUCUGAAUCUGCUUUUGAGUUUUUUAAAUCUAAUAUUUCAAGGCUGUGAGCAACACAAAUGAAAUGUAUUUCUUGUGUUGGCAGCAACAGAAAUCUCAGGGACAAAUAUUUAUACUUCAGCAAAUAAAACCUCAACUAUCCACAUGUGUAGAUACCACUAUAGAAUACUGUCAAUGAGAAUCCAAGUGAACCAAUCCUCUAAACAAUUAUCCAGGCUCCCCUCUCUUCACUGAAGGAUGCUGCAUUGAAUUAUUCUGCAAUGUGAACAGACAACCACAUCUUUUUCUUAUUUGGAGCACUUGAUAAGUAAAUUUCAGAGUAGUAUACAGCACUGACUAUCAAAUGGUUCCCACUGUGCAGUAGCAGUCCCUCUGUUGGUCUCUAGGUGGCAAACACUACCUUUUCUUUAAUUACUUCAGCUGUGUUCAUAUAAAUGCUGAAUUAUGUGCUAAUGCUUUCUGAUCUAGAUCUGAUGUGCACUUUAUCUUCCUGGGCUGCCUUUGCUCUGUGCUUCCCUAUCGGGUUUGGCCCUGCUCCAAAGGUGUUUCCAAAGCUGCUCAGCUGCUCUCAAGAUACACUCACACGUCACACUAAUCCAGUACCUGUGAGUGUGUAUGUGUGUGUGUUGAGUCACAGAGGGAUUGAGGUUGACUUACAUCACAUGGACCAAUAUGAUAGAGCCUAUACAUCCAGAAAACUGU